GGUGGUAUGGCUUGAUGGAUAAUGAUAUUUCAGGAAAGGGAUACAGCAACUUUUUCUGUUAAUGUCACUUUUGUUGCAAAGGGGAUGACUAGCUGCUCUGUGUGUGAGAAGAUGACCAUGGCAACAGAGAACCCCAACCAGACUGUGGUGAGCCAUUUCUUCCUGGAGGGUUUAAUGUACACAGCUGAACAUCCUAGCCUCUUCUUCCUCCUCUUCCUUCUCAUCUACAGCAUCACUGUGGCUGGGAAUCUCCUCAUCCUCCUCACUGUGGGCUCUGACUCUCACCUCCGUUCACCCAUGUACCACUUCCUGGGGCACCUCUCCUUUUUGGAUGCCUGUUUGUCUACGGUGACAGUGCCCAAGGUCAUGGCAGGGCAGCUGACUCUGGAUGGGAAGGUGAUCUCCUUUGAGGGCUGUGUUGUACAGCUUUACUGCUUCCACUUUCUGGCUAGCACUGAGUGCUUCCUGUACACAGUCAUGGCCUAUGACCGCUAUCUGGCUAUCUGUCAACCCCUGCACUACCCAGGGGCCAUGAACAGAAAGAUGUGUGCAGUACUGGCUGGAAUCACCUGGGCCAUAGGUGCCACACACGCUGCAAUCCACACCUCCCUCACCUUCCGCCUGCUCUACUGCGGGCCUUGCCACAUUGCCUACUUCUUCUGCGACAUCCCCCCUGUCCUGAAGCUUGCCUGUACAGACACCACCAUUAAUGAGCUAGUCAUGAUUGCCAGCAUUGGCAUCGUGGCUGCAGGCUGCCUCAUCCUCAUCGGUAUUUCCUACGUCUUCAUCGUGGCAGCUGUGUUGCGCAUCCGCACAGCCCAGGGCCGGCAGCGGGCCUUCUCUACGUGCACUGCCCACCUCACCGUGGUGUUCCUGUACUAUGUGCCACCUGUCUGUAUCUACCUGCAGCCUCGCUCCAGCGAGGCAGGAGCUGGGGCCCCUGCUGUCUUCUACACUAUCAUAACUCCGAUGCUCAACCCGUUCGUUUAUACUUUGCGGAACAAGGAGAUGAAGCAUGCCCUGCAAAGGCUUUUGUGCAGCAGCUUCCGAGAGUCUGCAGCAGGCAGCCCAACCCCAUAGUCUGCGCUAUCAAAACUCACAAUUUGCCU